CUCAUUCAUUCUGAAACCCCCAACAAAUGGUUUCAUCAUUAUCAUUCUUUUCUAUGUUCCUCUCCCUCGCUCUGCUUUCCUUGGUCAAAGGAAUCCAAGGAGCUACAUUCACAGUGGUGAACAAAUGUCAAUCCACAAUAUGGCCAGGCAUUCUGGCCAAUGCGGGCAGCCAGCCACUAGACAGCACCGGUUUCGAGCUCCCCUCCGGCGGGACCCGAACCUUGCAGGCCCCACCCAGCUGGUCCGGCCGGUUCUGGGGCAGGACCGACUGCCAGUUCGACCCGUCCAUGAACCAAGGCACCUGUACCACCGGAGACUGCGGAUCAAACCAGAUCGAAUGCAAUGGCCAGAACGCCAAGCCACCUGCCACGCUGGCAGAGUUCACGGUGGUCCCCGGUGGGCAAGACUACUAUGACGUCAGCCUCGUCGAUGGGUACAACUUGCCCAUGAUGGUCGAGCCAACGGGCGGGUCGGGCGGGUCUUGUUCGUCCACCGGGUGCAUCACCGAUUUGAACCGGCAGUGCCCGUCGGAGCUUCGGGACGGGUCGGGCGCGGCCUGCAAGAGCGCCUGCGAGGCGUUUGGGACACCCAAGUAUUGUUGUAGCGGGGAGUUCGGGUCGCCUGACACGUGUAAGCCGUCGGUUUAUUCGGAGAUGUUCAAGUCGGCUUGCCCCCGGGCGUAUAGCUACGCUUAUGAUGACGCAUCGAGCACUUUCACUUGUGGUGGAGCCGAUUAUGUGAUCACAUUCUGCCCUUCUUCCACGAGGUCAAAAGUCUGCAAAUGUUGGGCCACUGUCGAUAUCGGCGACGACGGGCUCCGAUAAAGGUCCGCCGGAAUCAGGCGAUGGGCCUCUGGGAAUCGACACAUCAUGGUUGCCAAAUUUCGUCACCGGGAGCUCUUCUACUCCCAUUCCUUCAUCUUCUUCUUGGACAUGGCUAUUCAUGAUUGUUUCAUCUUAUUUGCUUUUUUAUUUAUCAUGAGUGUUCCUUCUUUUGCUCCUUUUAGCUUCCGAAUUGUAAACCCAUAAUUUUUCUGUAUCUACUAGCUAGAGAAAGCAAGCAUAUUGACUGCGGAUC